CGCCGGCGCGUCUGGGGUGCGGGGAGCGGAGCGAGGGCCCGGCGGCGCCAUGGUGCUCUGCCCGGUGAUCCGGAAGCUGCAGCACCAGUGGGUGGUGCUGGCCAGCGCCUCCCCGCGCCGCCGGGAGAUCCUCAGCCAAACGGGUCUCAGGUUCGAGGUGGUCCCUUCCAGGUUCAAAGAGAACCUCCAGAAAGCCUCGUUCCCCACCCCUCACGCGUAUGCCGUCGAAACAGCCAAGCAGAAGGCCCUGGAGGUGGCCAGCAGGAUGCACCAGAAAGACCUCCGGACCCCCGACAUUGUCAUCGGAGCGGACACCAUCGUGACGGUGGGCGGGCUGAUCCUGGAGAAGCCAGUCGACAAACAGGACGCCUACAGCAUGCUCUCCAGGUUGAACGGGACCGAGCACAGCGUGUUCACGGGCGUGGCCAUCGUCCACUGCUGCAGCACAGACGGCCGGCUGGACACCGAGGUCACGGAAUUCUAUGAGGAGACGAGGGUGAGGUUCUCGGAGCUGUCGGAGGAGCUGCUGUGGGAAUACAUCGACAGCGGGGAGCCCAUGGACAAGGCUGGCGGCUACGGGAUCCAGGCGCUGGGCGGCAUGCUGGUGGAGUCCGUGCACGGGGACUUCCUCAACGUCGUGGGCUUCCCGCUGAACCGCUUCUGCAGGGAGCUGACGAGGCUGUACUACCCCCCGCCCCGCGAGGGUCCGCAGCGGCUCACACACGACCCCCUCCCGGCCCUCGACACCUGCGACAACCUGAGCGACGCGGAAGGCGGCGGCUCAGACGCGGCUCAGAGCCAAGAGGCUCGCGGCGGCCGGGCGGAGGCCGGCGGAGAACGAACACAGGCUGAGGGUGCACAGGAGGCGGCUUCCAACAGGACGGGGAAUGGCCCGCCCCCGUUCCCCACUGGCCUUCUUGAGCUCAUCGAUGGCUUCAAGGCAUCAAAGGUACCUGAACAAGGUGUCCUGGGGCGGCCAAAUUCACCCUCCCCCAUCCUGGAGACCAGACGUCCCAUUCCUGGUUCCCAAGGGUCACCACUUGAAUAUGUCUUUUUGGGGGUCACAGUUCUCCCCACGACAAGCGGGGUCUCUGCUUCAGCAUCCCAGAGACCGGCCCAGCCCCUCUUCCAUCAGCUGGAGGACCCGUUCUUGUGCCCUGACGAUUUAUUCCAUCUUCUUUUCAAACCAGGUGACUUCUUCACAGAGAGCCUCCCGGACGCCGACCUCUACAUUCUGUCCAGAAUCCUCAGCGACUGGGAGGACGACAAGGUCCACGAGUUGCUGAGCCGCAUCUCGGGCAGCUGCAAACCAGGCGGUGGCCUCCUGCUGGUGGACACGAUGCGGGACGAGGAGGGCCCGGAGAACGCGACGGUGGACGAGGCGAGGCGGGCGGCGCGGAGCGGCCUGCGGCGGGCCCUGGACGGGCUGGUGUGGCCCCCGCGCGCGCAGAGGAGCCUGGCCGAGUACCGGCGCCUGCUGCAGCGACACGGCUUCCGGGACGUGGCGGAGGCGCGGGCGGGGGACCAGCUGCACGUGCUCCUGGGCACGCGGCCGUCCCCCCAGGAGGCUGUCCCCACGCAGCCCUGAGGGGACGCCUUCACUGCAGGGACGCCUGAACGUGGGGGGUCAGAGCAGAUUGAAGACGCCAGAAGCCCCCGUCUCUGAGCUCGUCUGUGUGGUCUGAAGACGGGGCGCUGCCUCGGGGGAUGGCCACGGGAUCCACGCGGGCCGGGGAGGGAGGGUCCACGGUAGCCGUGAGUCUCGGGGACAGACCCCACCAGAGCAGGUGUCAGAGGUGAGAGGACGCGUCUAGAAGCCCCCAGAGAGACGGGAAGGCUGGGCGACAGGGCGGGCAGCGUGGACCCUCACCCCUGCCUCCCCGCCUCCCGCCAGACGCUUCUGCCCACCUCUCACGCUGGCAGCUCACGUGGGAUCCGGGCGAGACGGCUGUUCACCGCAAACGUCCCCAGCGUACCAGUGGAGACGCAGGUCUGUCUCACGAUUCAGCAACUUACCUGCUUUGUUAAAGGAGCAAGCUUGUGCAGGUAACUCUGUAUAUUAGGUCAUAGGAAGUAUGCAGCAACUUACAGGUUAUUUACAAACACAAUUAUUAUUAGAAAACAUUAUUGUCAGAACUAUGAUUUCUAAAGUAAAUUCUGUACAAAGGAAAUUAUUAGGAAAAAACACCCGACUGUCAGAUGGGGGCAGCUAAGACCACCAUAGGUUCUUAGACAGGUAGCUAACUUACAAAUACACAGGCAUUUAUAUAAAUUUUCUCUGUGUAAUACAUUUUAAAUAAAUAGAACAUAUAAAUGACCUAUGUUUUAUAUAUAAAUGU